AUGGACACAGAUGUGCUGAGGACAGAGACCAGACUCUCUGCUUUCAAGACCACGGGCACUCAAGCAGCACCUGCCUUUGGAAUGGGAGGACAGCAAACCUCAGGCUUUGGGCUGUCAAGCUUUCCUGUAAGCAGCAGCAGCAGCAGUACCAGUGCAAGCAGUUUCUCCUUUAAAGCCAGCUCCAGCCUCAUCAGUUCAACAUCAUCUGGGAGCAGCCCUGCUGCUGGGAGCUCUUCUGCUGCUGCAAAUCCCCCUGCAUUUGGGACAGCAUCCUCUCCCAGCACACCCCAAUCCCUUGGCUUUGGCAGCCCGGCCACUCCAUCCGCAGCCUCCUUCUCCUUCAAAGCAGCUGCCCCGGCUGGUGGCUUUGGGACUUCUGGCUUCUCAGGCUUUGGCAGUGCUUCUGCUGUGAACUCUGCAAGCACCACUCCAGCAGCCUUUGGAGCCUUUGGUGCCACCGUAGCCCCUUCUGGCUCGCCUUCCAGCGGUGCUUUAUUUGGACAGAGCGCCAGUGCCUCUGGGCAUCCUGUCACCUCAGCAUCUGCUGCAGCCACCAACUCCAGCCCUGCCUCAGAGAAGUUAUUCACACCCAAGAGCGAACUGUCAGCUGAAGAGUGGCAACAGUUUGAAGCAAAGGAGUUCACAAUUGGAAAGAUUCCUCUUAAGCCACCACCAUUAGAACUUUUAAAUGCUUUCGACCUUUUGAGUUUACUCUGAAAUGUUGUUAAUUUUUAUUUUUUUUCUCAAUUCUCUUCUGCAGAAACAAAUGCGCAAAUAUAAACUUUUGAACCUUAUUUUGGGAUGGACUUAUUACAUCUGAAAGAUAAACUGUUGAAACUAAAAUUGAACCUUUUCUUCUGUAUGCUGUCCUGUGAAAUUCUGUACAAAGACUAUAUGAAAAAUAUGGUGUCAAAAGAAAGAAUGUUUCAGUCAGGUAUUUAAAA